GAUGCGGUGGCGUGCGUAGACGGGUCCUCUGAGUGCAGUUGCAUCCAUCGAAAGCGCAAAAGAAUAAAAGGGGUUUCAAAACUCGUCAAUUGCUGGACUGCUGCAUCUUGGCGUUCGGACAAUCAACGAUACUCACUCCUACGCCGUCCGAUUUAAACCACUCUCUCUCUCUCUCUCUCUCUCUCUCUAUGCCGCCACUUCCCACUUCCUUACAUUCUGUAACCACAACACGCUGACGCACCCUCUCAAUCCCAAUUUUCCCCAAACCAAAAAACCCUAACCCUAACUCCCCUCUAUCUGCGCAUUCGAGGCAUAUUUAUGUACUCUCAAAAUCUGAUACUCCCUCCUGAAAACCCUAGACCCGCUGCUUUUGCUUCAAAACCGAUGAACAAUGAGGUCGCAAUCGCGCAGAAACCACCCCCUUCGAUACUCGUUGGUCGCUUCAAGGCUCUUCUCAAACAACGCGACGACGAACUCAGGGUCUCUCCCAGCGCCCCCGUGCCGCAUCCAACCACCGACGAAAUCGUGCAGCUCUACGAGUUGCUGUUGUCGGAACUCACUUGCAAUUUGAAGCCCAUCAUCACCGAUCUCACCAUCAUUGCCGAACAGCAGAGGGAGCAUGCCAAGGGCAUCGCUGAUGCCAUAUGCGCUCGGAUUCUUGAGGUUCCUGCAGAUCAAAAGCUUCCUUCACUCUAUCUUUUGGACAGUAUCGUCAAGAAUUUUGGUCAGGAAUAUGUUAGAUACUUCGCUUUACGUCUGCCAGAAGUUUUCUCUGAGGCAUAUAGGCAGGUUCAGCCUAGUUUGCAUCCUGCUAUGCGCCAUCUUUUUGGUACCUGGUCAAAAGUCUUUCCACCUUCUGUCCUACGCAAGAUUGAAGCAGAGUUGCAGUUUUCUCAAGGAGUUAAUACUCAACCGUCCACCAUGAAUCCUGUCAGGGCAUCUGAAUCUCCUCGACCAAGUCAUGGCAUACAUGUUAAUCCGAAAUACUUGCGUCAGUUGGAGCACUCAACUGUGGAUAGUGUUGGUGGUGAAAAGUUGGAUUCAUCUGGAAAUGCUAGUAAUACGAAUUUUGGCCUUGUUGCUAGCAAGACGCAUCAAUUUUUAUCCAGCAGCAGCAGGCUUGGAUUAUCCUUGUCCCCUUCAAGAAUUGCACUUGAUAGGCCUAUGUCUUCAUCUAUAGAUGAAUAUGCAGCUGACAACUCUGCUGGCAGGAUAAUUGAUAGAGAGUCUCCUCAUUCCACUGUUGAUUAUGGAGUGGCCAAAGCAAAUGUAGAGUUGAGUGAAUGGCAGCGAAAACAGUACUCUGGUGAUGGUCGAAAUCGACUUCAAACUUCUACAUACAACCUUAAUAAUGGACAUCAGCGUCAAAAUCCUAGAGCUUUAAUUGAUGCAUAUGGCAGUGAUAAAAGCCAAGAAACUUCAAGCAGUAAGCCUUUGUUAGUUGAACGGCUGGAUAGAAAUGGUAUAGACAACAAGGUGUUGUCAACGUCAUGGCAGAAUACUGAAGAGGAGGAGUUUGACUGGGAAGACAUGAGUCCAACAUUAAUAGACCAUAGUAGGAAUAACAGUUUCUUGCCUUCAGGAGUUGGUUUCUCCAGGGAAAGGCCUGUUAUUGUUGCAACUAAUGCAAUUUCAUUAGAGCAGGAUACCAGGAAGGGUUGGUCUAGGGGAUCUCAUCCUCCUUCUGUAGAUGAUUCUUCUACUAUAGCAGAAGAUGCAUUUGUCUCCUCUGCUUAUGGUCGUGCACCCCCGGGUCAAGUAUCUGGAUUCCAAAAUCAAAUAAAGCAUAGUCUGGGAUCAGGUCAACCUCAUGAUGCUUGGAAGAUUUCUCACCAUCCGUCUAACUUUAAUACUAGGGGGCGAGUAAGGGGUCUUAUGAUACCUCCUAUUGAUAACAUUCGCAAUCAAGAUUCAAACCGAUAUCGGGUUCGACCUGUUGUGUCAAGGAUGGUUUCUGGUCUUGUAUCUAAUGCUGAGGCUCAUUCAUCAGUUUUGCCUGCAUCUUUUGAAAUAAGGCCUUCUGUAAAUGUGCAUGCCACUCGUCCUCCCACCUUAAAUCCAAUAUCUACAUUGCAAAAACAUGUGAGAAGUCCAUUUGAAGCAAUAAAUACUAGUAACCCUGUUGUGAACCAUGUUGUAAAUAAAUCUUCAUUCAUGCCUGAACUAUCAGUUGACAAUGUUGAGAACAAGGGUACAGGUACUUCAACGAUGCAUCAGUUGCCUAAUCAGCUUGCAGGACUGAUUACGUCCAAACAGCAAAAUCAUGGGCAAGUGCCACAACUGCAGUUUUUUCCAUCACAGGAUCCAUCAACCUCACAAUUUAAUCGUGGAAGUUCUUUGCAAGGACAUGGUGCUUCUAUAAGUACAGCCAUGUCAAAUCCAUUGCCUGGUAUACAAUUCCCUUUACGGGUGCCUAAUAUUGCAAAUAACCCUUUACAUUUACAGGGUGGAGCUCUUCCACCUUUACCUCCAGGUCGCCCUCCUACUCCAUCACAAAUGAUACCUCAUCCAAAUGCUAGUCCAUUUAUGUCAAGCCAACAACCAGCUGUUGGAUAUACUAAUUUAAUUAAUUCACUUAUGUCUCAAGGUGUAAUCUCAUUGGCUAACCAGCCUGCAAUGCAGGACUCUGUUGGAACUGAGUUCAAUCCAGAUAUUCUGAAGGUUCGUCAUGAGUCUGCAGUCAAUGCCUUAUAUGGUGAUCUCCCUAGACAGUGCACAACUUGUGGGCUCCGUUUCAAAUGCCAAGAGGAACACAGUAGUCAUAUGGAUUGGCAUGUGACUAAGAAUCGGAUGUCUAAAAGUCGUAAACAGAAGCCUUCUCGUAAGUGGUUUGUGAGUGACAGGAUGUGGCUUAGUGGUGCAGAGGCAUUGGGAACAGAAUCAGUUCCAGGUUUUUUGCCUACAGAAACCAUAGAAGAGAGUAAAGAUCAUGAAGAGUUGGCAGUGCCAGCAGAAGAGGACCAGAAUACAUGUGCAUUAUGUGGAGAGCCUUUUGAUGAGUUUUACAGUGAUGAAAUGGAGGAAUGGAUGUAUAAGGGAGCUGUCUACCUGUAUGCACCAACGGGAACAACAGCAGGCAUGGACAGGUCACAGUUAGGCCCCAUAAUUCACGCUAAAUGCAGAUCAGAAUCUAAUAUGCACCCCUCUGAAGAUCUUGGGCCGGAUGAAAGGGGUGCCGAUGAAGAGGGUUCUCAAAGAAAACGAAUACGAAGUUGACUAAAGUUGACCAGUUUUGUGCACUGUAACUUAUGAUUUUCCAAUAGUGUAUCUUCUUACAUAUUUUUUAAGAGUAGAGUUGAAUCUUGCAAUACCAUGGCCUCUUGUCAAAGUCGUGUACAUGUAUAGUUGGACUUUUAACAUGCAUAUUUUCAUGAAGCCAAAGGUUACAUUUUUAACUUACAUUAUUUCGUCCCCUGCAUUUUGUCCCCAAAUCAAAAAACUAAUAUUGGUACAUUAUUCAGAGUUUGUUAGUUUUGGGAUGGGGUGCAGGGUUUUAAACAAUGCAGCGAGACGCUAUCCGUUGAGUCAGUAGAUUACACCACAGUUGCUAUUAUCUAGCUGGUAAUUGAAUUGACAAUGGCCUUGUGUACUUCUGUUUGUAUUUUAUAAACAAUCAUGCAUUCAUGGAUAUGAACUGCAGAGAUUUGAUCUCUAUUUUUCUAACUCCAAGCAUUAUUUGUUAG